UACCUUUCCGUGUCUUCUGCGACCUGUCACAUCCGUACGUGCACCGUAAAAGACGAAACUACCCUCCUAGUCUUAUGAGUGUCUCUCUUAACUAAAGGUCACUGACCUUUUGUUUAACUCACUCAGGAAGUGGAGAAGCAAAAAGGCUUUUCACUAUUCGUUUGUGUGAUGAUGUCGUCUUCGUGGGAGAUUCAACUAAUGGAAACGGCUAAGGAGGAACUUGAGAUUCUUCAGGCUCAAUAUCCCAACCGCUUCGCCUACCUCAAGUCCGACCUUCAGUCUUUCAUCUCUAACCUCAGUGAAGACCACGCGCCUCCGUCACGUGCCUCCUCCUCCCCCCUCGUCCUCAGCCAAGAGUCAUCAAACUGUAAGAACAAGCAGAAACACAAGAAGAGAAAGUACACAAAUGAAUUAUUUGGAGAUCAGACAUCGUCAUCAACGGGAAAGAUCCACAAGAACAAUAAUCAUAAGAUGGUUCAGAGAGUGGUCACAAAGAGAAAAACUAGAGUUGAAAUGGUUCUUGAAAGGGCCCAACUUUGUCUCCAGAAGAUAAGAGACGUGAAAGCGUCUUUGUGUUAGACUUUUAUUUAACAACCUUUUCUUCUUCUUGGGGGUUGAAAUGUAAGAAUGAUGUUAUACGGUCCAAGACAAUGUUUAACAAGCAUUGAAAAUUCAAUGUUUCUAAGAACAUCGGUUUAAAUAGUUCAGCAGUAUAUAUCAGUC